AUGGUUGUGAUUGAUGAUAUUAGGAAAACUGAACAUUGGGAUGGUCUUAAUCAUGCUCUGAAUUUUGAGGGUACAAAAACCAAGAUCUUACUAACCACACGAAAACAGAAUAUUGCGAACAUUGGAUUUGCAAUCAAAAUUGGCCUCCCGAAUGACAAUGAGGGUCGGGAAUUUCUCGAGAGGAAAGCAUUGCCAUACAUAAGUAGUCAAGAUUUUCGAUUCGAAGAAAAUGGGAGAAAAACGAUGGCAGAAGGGGUGGCUAGCAUGGCUCUAAAAACCAUUCACGAUCUGUUGUUAGAGGAAACUAAAUUCUUAAUAGGCGUGCGCAGCGAAGUGAAGACACUAGAUGUCAUUCUCAAGGAAAUGAACGCUCUUCUGAUUGCCGCUGACAACAGAGAACGCAGAGAAGAUAUGGUUAACCACUGGCUGAGGAAUGUGAGGGAGCUGGCCUACAGAGCUGAUGAUACCAUUAGUUUGUAUGCAGCCAUUUACGUGUCAUCCAGCAGAAGCCUGCGCCACAAAUUCUCCUGCAUCCUUACAGAGGGCUACUCUCUCCACAAGAUUGGCUCUGAGAUCAAAGAAGUCAAAUCCGAGAUGGCAAGACUUAACGCAAGAAUGGAUCAAUACGGGAUGCAUAGAAUCGUUCAAGGGGAGAGCUCCGCUCACCCUUCAGUGUCGAUCCUCUCCUUUGAGACUGAAGUUUUUGUGGGGAAAAAAGAAGAAGUUGAGCAACUUGUAUCCCAUCUAGUUGGUGAUGAAGCAAACCCUGUUAUUUCACUGUGGGGGAUGGGUGGCAUAGGCAAAACUACUAUAGCCAAAAGAGUGUACAAUCACCCUACCACCAGGCGCUUCUUCGACUCCUUUGCAUGGAUUUGCGUUUCUCAAAAGUGGGACCUCGAAUCACUUUUGUUGAAUGUCUUGAGGAAACUCAGCCCACUCCACAAUACCUCAGGUUUGACCGUCACAGAGUUGACAGAGGAAUUGUUUCAAGUCCAGGAGGCCAAAAAGUGCAUGAUUGUCAUUGAUGAUAUUUGGAGUACUCAGGCUUGGGACCAACUUCAGCUUGCCUUCAAUCCCAAAACAAAGAUUUUGCUGACCACACGUAUUCACGAUGUCGCAAAAAUUGGAUUUGCAAUCAAGGCUUGCCUCCUCACCGACGACGAGGGCUGGGAGUUACUCAACAUCAAGAGGAAUGCACCUAUACUCACUGAUGUUCCAGCUGAAGAAAUUAUUAUGCUUGAGAAAAUUGGGAGAGAAAUGGUAGCCAAGUGUGGGAAUUUACCAUUGGCCAUUUCAUUGCUUGGCGGGAUACUGAGUAACAAGAAAUCAAGUGCAGAGUGGAGAUUGGUUAAUGAAAACUUAAGUGAUGAAAAUCUGAAUGAUAAAAUCCGAAAAGUGUUGCACUUAAGUUAUCAAGACCUGCCAUAUUAUUUGAAGCCAUGCUUUCUCUAUAUGGGUAUGUACAAGGAAGACGAGGACAUUCCGGCAAUUGAUAUAUGUGUGUUGUGGAUCGCACAAGGCAUGAUCUCGCAGCCGCUGGACAAUCGCGGAAAUGAAAUGUCGUUGAUGGACAUAGCACAAAGCUACUUGACUGAGCUGGCAUCUAGGUCGGUUGUAGAAAUUACACGGGAUGAUCCUAUUCGUGGGCAGACGACUAGAAUGUGUAAACUCCAUGACGCCGUGCAAGAGAUGUGCUUGUCACUCGCAAUAGAUGAAGAUUUUGGCUUGCGCAAUUUGGAUUAUGAGGGUGGACCAUUUAGUGGUUUCUUCCAUGACAGUUUGUCACGUCGCAAAACGCGCCAUUUGAUUGUUUAUCUGAAAAGCAGAUUAGAAGAAGAAAGCGGAGAGCCUGCUGUCACUUGUGACCAAGAUAUCACCAAAAUUGUGCGAUCUCUACUUUUCAUCAAUGACAUGGAGGGAAUACCUCUAACUCAAUUUCCGCAUAGAAUUGUUCGUUUGAAAGAAUUCAAAGUGCUCAAAACGCUAUCUAUAUGCGGAUUUGUUUUCGAGGGAAGAAAAUUGCUAAAAGAGAUAAGUAAACUAGUCCUUCUUCGGAUUUUACGCUUGCGCGAUUGCCUGUUUGACGAGCUACCAUCGUCCUUGAAAAAUUUGGUGUACUUGCAUACACUGGAUCUAUGGAAUAGUGGGAACAUUCUAAUACCGAAUGGUGUUUUGAAUAGAAUGUUACGGUUAAGGCAUUUGAUCCUUCCAGUAUACUAUGCUGAGAAUUUGGAGGAUUAUAGAAUGAGUUUGGAAGGUCUUGAGCAGCUGGAGACACUUGUAGGCUACAACAGUUUGGUGCACCAACUCGAAUCCCCAACCCAAAUGACCAACCUCCGACAUUUUGAAGGCAUAGUCCACGAUAACCAAAGCUUGUCGGAUAUCAUUGAUGCCUUUUGUACAAGCCGGAAUCAUUGUAAAUGUGGUGGACUUAGAAUCAAACAAGGCUGCCAUAUUUCAUCAGAAGAAGAUUUGAUGAUUUUCAAGAAAGUGUUCAAACUUCACAAUUUGUAUAUCGAUGUUCCGAUAGAAAAUCUGUUCAAGGAAUUGGGAAGUGAAGCAUAUACCUCAAAUCUUCUUUACUUGAUCUUGUCCGAGAGUAAUAUUCAGGAGGAUCCAAUGGAGACACUUGGAAAACUUCCCCAUUUAGUAGAUUUGUGGAUGACUGAGGCAUGCUUUUUGGGAGAAGAAAUAACAUGUCAUGCGUCUUCGUUCCCUUCCCUCAAGAAGCUUGGAAUAGAAGAAUUACCAAACCUAAGAGGAUGGAAAGUGGAGGAAGGAGCCAUGCCCCUCGUUUCUAAGAUUAGAAUCCAUGGCUGCCCUCUCUUGGAGAUGGUUCCGGAUGGACUCAGAUUCCUCAAUGCCUUGACAGACCUAGAAAUCAGUGGAAUGCCUCAAUUAGGAGCACGAGUGAGCGAAGGAGGUGAGGAUUUCCAUAAAGUGCAACAUGUUCCUUCCAUUGUGAUCAGAAAUUGA